AAAACAUGUUCAGCACUCUGAUCGCAGUUUAUUCCUCCUACUGGCGUACUUCUUUCCUCAUUCCUGCUGCUGCUUUGGUCUCUACUGCAGUCAUCUGCGCUUACACAAAUACACUUCUUUCGCAUCUACUUCUUUGAAGCACUAAAUCAAGUCAAAGAUGGCUGGCAGAGGAACAGUGAAGCCACACGCUGGAUUCAAUGCUAAUAAUGAUGCUGAGGUUCUUUACAAGGCCAUGAAAGGACUUGGCACUGAUGAGGCUGCUAUUUUGCAGCUGUUGACAGCACGUAGCAAUGCACAGCGGCAACAGAUCAAAGCUGCAUAUAAAACCCUGCAUGGAAAGGAUUUGGUGGAUGACUUGAAAUCAGAGUUGGGUGGGAAGUUUGAGACUCUGAUUGUAGCUCUGAUGACUCCUCCCAUCUUGUAUGAUGUCACUUGCCUGCGAGAUGCCAUUAAGGGGGCAGGCACAGACGAGAAAGUGUUGAUUGAGAUUCUGGCAUCUAGAUCAGCUAAUGAGGUCAAUGAAAUCAAAAGUUUAUACAAGCAAGAGCAUAAAAAAGAUCUGGAGGAAGCUGUGACUGGUGAUACUGGAGGUCACUUCCAGAGGAUGCUGGUCAUUUUGCUGCAAGCUAGCAGACAGCAAGGUAUACAAGAGAACCUGAUUCAAAGUGAUGCACAGGCACUGUUUGCGGCUGGAGAAAAGAAGUAUGGCACUGAUGAGAGCCAGUUCAUCACUAUACUGGGAAACCGAAGUGCUGCGCACCUUAAGAGAGUGUUUGAUGAGUAUAGAAAGCUGUCAGGGUUUGAGAUCGAGGAGAGCAUCCAGAGAGAGACUUCUGGAAGCCUCCAAGAAAUCCUGCUGGCUGUUGUGAAGUGUGCCCGCAGUGUUUCAGCUUAUUUUGCUGAGUGUCUUCACAAUGCCUUGAAGGGGGCAGGUACCGAGGACCAAACCCUUAUCAGGGUCAUGGUUACUCGCAGUGAAGUAGACAUGCUUGAUGUACGUGCCGAUUUCCGCAGGAUGUUUGCAACUUCUCUGCAUAAAAUGAUUCAGGGCGACACCUCGGGUGACUACCGUAAAACCCUGCUUCUGCUGUGUGGUGGUGAUGAUGCAUAAGCCCCACAAUUUAUGCUUGGGUCAUGAUCCCAUGACUCAUGCGUGGUCAGAAGCCGGUGGCUUUCGAAACCAAAACCCAAAACAACCUGUACUUUUUAAAUCAGUUGAAGGAUUUCAUGUUUAUCUGUGGACGCGCAGUGCAUAGCAUUGUCUCAAGAAGCAAUAAGUGAAUUUUGUCAUUCCAGUUUUAUGAGAUGUGUAGUAGACUUGUAUGACCAAAGUUAUUGUGGUAGAAAAAAUCUGAUCUCUGUUCAGAGAUAGUAAGGCCUUAAAGCCACAGAAAAAAAUCCUAUAUAGAUCAAAAUACAAAUCUCAUACAAUUUCUCAUUAAAUACUUGAUAAUGUAAUCUACAAAGAAGGCCAAAUAUUUUACUCUGUGAAGCAAUAUUUUAUAUAGCUUAUAUUCUGCAAUUUUUCACUUAUUUAUUGUUUGUACGCUCACUAAACACCAUGACAUUUCAGUCUAUUGUUAUAACCACUCAUAAUUGGAAUUAUUAGUAAGUCUGUGUCUAUAUAUUACCAUGUAAGCUUUUUGUAUCUGUGUAUGUAUCUAAAUUUGUGGCACUUAAAUGAGAGGUUUGCUUUAAUUGUUCAAUAGUUGGGGCAAAAGGGUUUUGGAUGUAAUUGAAGCCUUGUAAUAAAAUUUUCAUAACAGUUCCACUAACUAUAAAUAAAGAGAAAUAAAAUUAAUCUGUCAA